AUGACUGAAGCAACUGGCACAGCGAUUGAUGAAACAAUUGCUAUGUCUCCCUUCAAUAUUGCUCCGAGAGAUGCUUCGGAAAGCUCACGACCAACUAAGACUCAGUCGAUUGUACAAUGGCGAACCGCCAGUUUUAACAAUGCCGCGCGCUGUCAGACCAGCGAACCAAGAGGGAUGAUAACCCGCAAGUGUACGGUUGCUGAAGAAACCAAGCCGCCGGUUGACGCCUCAGGUCGCGUGGGCCAUAUUUCGGGGACCGAGGCGGACGCACGCUUCUGA